GCCCCCGGCCUCUCUUCCCAGCAGUCAUUAUAUAAUCCCUGCACCAUUUGUCUUUCACGUGUUGUUUGGACUGUUUCCUUUUCAAGAGAGGGCAGGAUCAAUCCGUGCCAUAAUUCUACUGAUAAUGUCAGACCCUGACCUAGCUGAUGGACUGGAACUAGAUCAAGAAGAGAUAGGAUCUGAUGAUGAAGUUGAAGAAAUGAUGGAUGGUACAUUAAUAGAAGAUAAUUCUGGUCUUGUAUCUGGUGGAGUGAACAUUGACUCAACUGCAGGCUGUCUGGAGACAUUGGACAUCACUCCAGAAUCGAUAAACAACACUCCGGAGAAGAUAGGCCCUGAUUGUUUUGAAUUGUUGAAGGUCCUCGGUAAAGGAGGCUAUGGAAAGGUGUUCCAGGUCCGUAAGAGGACAGGUGGUAAGGAUAAAGGAAGAAUAUUUGCAAUGAAAGUUUUAAAGAAAGCUUCCAUUGUAAGGAGUAAGAAGGACACUAUGCACACUAGGAGCGAGAGGAACAUUCUGGAAGCUAUCCAACAUCCCUUCAUCGUGAGCCUGUUGUAUGCAUUCCAGACUAAUGGUAAACUGUAUUUGAUACUGGACUACCUCAGUGGUGGUGAACUGUUUGCCUUAUUGGAGAGAGAAGGAGUGUUCCUUGAAGACACUGCCAGCUUCUAUUUAGCUGAAAUUACACUAGCAAUCGGACACCUCCACAGCAAUGGUAUCAUAUACAGAGACCUCAAGCCUGAGAAUAUAAUGCUCAAUGGAAAAGGACACGUUGUUUUAACUGAUUUUGGACUCAGUAAAGAAUCACUUCAUGGAGAAGCAACCACCAACACAUUCUGUGGUACCAUUGAAUACAUGGCUCCGGAGAUACUGCAGCGUAUAGGCCAUGGGAAAGCAGUUGAUUGGUGGAGUCUGGGUACUUUAAUGUACGACAUGCUGACAGGAGCCCCGCCAUUUUGUGCUGACAAUAGAAAGAAGACGAUAGAUAGAAUAUUACACGGUCGAUUGUAUCUACCUCCAUAUUUAACAGCUGAUGCUAAGGAUAUCAUAAAGAAGCUACUUAAGAGACACCCUCCAAACAGACUGGGGAGUGGCCCCGAGGACAAUAAACCAAUUAAAGAGCAUCGUUUCUUUAAGAUGAUAAAUUGGGAGGAUUUAUUUAAUCAAAAGGUUGAACCACCUUUCAAGAUACCAGUGAGAGGAGAUGAUGAUGUCAGUCAGUUUGAUACUAAGUUCACUACACUCCUCCCAGUGGAUUCACCUGUUGAUACUACCAUCAGUGCCAGUGCUGAUAUGAACUUUAAAGGGUUCACUUACAUUGCUGACUCUUUCCUGGAGGAUGUCUAUUCUCAUUCAGUCAGUUCUCCUUCUUCCUAUCGGAACAGACCCUUGAGGUCACCUCAUAAGCACCUGUCACCGGUUACCACGGAAACCAAUCAAGUGUUUGGUUUCAACGCCCCCUCUCCCCUUACGGUCUCAUCAACUGCUGCCUCCUCCCUACUCUACACUCAGAGCACUAUAAUGGAGGAAACUUCGGGUAAUAGUACAAUGAUAAAGGCACCGGUGGUUAAUGGCAGUGACCACUCCCACAUUCCGUUAUUGAAAGGAAUAAACAGUAUCAGAACUAAUGAGGUUGAUAAAGGUAAUUUAGUUUCUCCUGGUUUUAAUCUGAAAUUGUCUCCGCCCGCAAAUAGACCUGCUCAUCUUGGGUUGUCAUGACGAAUAACUCCUCCCCUUUUAAUUAAUGAUUAAUAUUCACAAUGUGAUAACUUAUUAUUUAUUAAUGUCAAAUCAAAUUCU